AUGAUUGUCGCUCACGCUCUAAAAACUUAUUUCGGUUCAGGAGAUAUACAAAAAUCAUUGGGUUCUCUUCCUGGAUUUCCAUGGGCGCAAUAUCCCGGAGAAAAACAUCUUCCCGGUCAUAAUUACACCGGUCCAGCGUGGAUAAAUAAAGCGAAACCUUACUUUGUGGAUCAAAUCGGAGACACUCUUCAAGGUGAUUUAGAUAUGAACAAUUUCAAAGUAACUAAUUUAAAGUCUCCAGAAAACGAUAAUGACGCCGUUCACAAGAAAUACUUACGGGAACAAAUAAAUUCAAUUGAAGUAAAUAAAAACCAUUUAGAAGAUAAAAUAAGUAAUGUGAAAAGAUUCUUCAAACGUCAACUAAAUAAUAAAAAUUUUGUUAAUGAUACUAAACUACAACAAGAGGAUAAGAUUUCAAAACAAAAAUUAGACAUUCAACAAUUAAUAGAUAACAUUCCAGAUGAAAAUGAAGAUACAUUUCAACAGGAAUUAAAUGCUCUAGAAACUAAACUUAACAGUGAAUUACAAAAAGAACUAAGAAAUAUUAAACAACAGAUACAAAACAUAGAUGAUAGCGAAAUCAAAACCUAUAUUCAACAACAAAUACAAAAUAUAGAUGAUAGCGAAAUCAAAACCUAUAUUCAACAACAAAUACAAAAUAUUGAUGAUAGCGUUAUUCAACAACAGAUAACCACUAUUAAUAACGAAGUUUUGAAACAGGAAAAAAAUAUACUCGCAUUAGAAAAAAAGUUUCUCAAGAAAGAAUCAUAUUAUUUUACUCUUCCAUUUGGAAGUUUGACACGUGACGAUGCUUCUAUUACUGAUUAUGAUGAAAGAACAAAAGAGUAUGAAUAUAAAAAAUAUGGAAUUACGGCAAAUAUUAGAAUAUAUAAAUAUAGGGAUGUUAAUUAUCCCUACAGAAUGUUUAGUGAUGAUUAUUCUGCUUUUAUUUUCCGAGCAAAACUUUUAAUUGAAAUAACUUUCCCUUUUCAGAUAAAAAAAGAAAAUCAUCUUUCAUUUAGUGAAUAUCAAAUGAUAUUGGAAACGGAAAGUCUUCCAUCAAUGAAUAUCAUUAGAAACUCAAUACCACAAACAAAAGAUAUAAGCAGUUAUCAGUUUUUACGAACGACAGACUUUGAAUACGUAAAACUAUAUUUUGCUUAUAAUAGUUUUUCACUCGAACUUUCCUCUACAUUUGACUUAUUUACCUCAAUCGAUAUUCAUAAAAGUCAACAAGAUAAUUUUUUUUAA